GCAGGCCAGCGCUGUCCCACAGGCUCCCGCUUCGGCGUUGUCCUCUGCAAAAAACCCUCAAAAUACAGUAUUGCCUCAAAGUCUUCGCUGACAUCACGAGACCUAAAGGAGUAAGAGGUUACGUCUCUGAGUCCAUGCAAGGGUGUGCUGCGCACAGUGAUGGCCGGAGGAACAGCACACACCCCACGUAAAUUCAGACCAGAACAUCCUGUUUACAGGAGGAGGAAUUGGCCUCAAAGCCAAACUAAUUUGUGGUGAAGAACAAUACAGGAAAGCGCGUCCCAGGAUAAUAAGAUGUUGGCAACAACCUCGAGGAAGUCAGCAGGUGAGCUUCUGCGCUGCUGGGACGCCCACGGCCCGGGUAUAAAGGCCGCCCGGGCAGGGAGGCUGCAGACAUCACCGCCCUCCUCCCGACGCCAGCCCAGCCCUAAGCCACCAUGUGCCACACCAGCUGCCCCUCCGGCUGCCCGGCUGCCUGCUACGUGCCCAGCUCCGGCCAGGCGUCCUGCUGCACGGCCAGGCCCUGCCAGGCGUCCUGCUAUGUGCCCCUGACCUGUAAGCCAGCUGUGUGCGUGCCCGUGAGCUGCAAGCCCACCGUGGGUGUGGCCCCCUCCUGCCAGUCCUUUGUGCGUGUGCCCGUGAGCUACAAACAGGUUGUGUAUGUGGCCCCCUCCUGCCAGUCCUCCGGGUGCUACCAGCCCCCCUGCCCCACCCUGGUCUGCAGACCCACCUCCUGUAGCACCCCCUCGUGCCUUUGACCGUGAGCCUCCUCCCAGCUGCUCCCAGUGAAGACGGGGCCACACCUGUGCCCCUCCAGGCACGAGUCCUCGGUGGACCUCCAGUUUCUGCACGUGGCAGAUGGAAAGCGUGCUCCACCAACCCCCUGACCUCCGCGGUGAGAAUGUGGACGGAUGACCUGGACCCUUCCGUGAACUUGUGCACCCCCGUCAGGAAGCCCUGGCUCCCGGGGUCCCUCUCGGUCUCCAGCAGGAAACCACACACCGUGUGUGACAAAUAAACUCUGCUUUCUCAG